CCCCGCCAUGGAGCCGGCGCCGCGCUGGCUGGCGGGGCUGCGCUUCGACAACCGCGCCCUGCGCGCGCUGCCCGUGGAGACGCCGCCGCCGGGCCCCGAGGGCGCCUGCCGGGCUCCGCGCGCCGUGGCCGGGGCCUGCUUCAGCCGCGCGCGCCCCGAGCCCCUGCGCCAGCCGCGCGUCGUGGCGCUGUCCGGGCCGGCGCUGGCGCUGCUGGGGCUGGGGCCGCCGCCCGCCGGGGCCGAGGCCGAGGCCGCGCGCUUCUUCGGCGGCAACGCGCUGCUGCCGGGCGCCGAGCCCGCCGCGCACUGCUACUGCGGCCACCAGUUCGGCCUCUUCGCCGGGCAGCUGGGCGACGGCGCCGCCCUCUACCUGGGCGAGGUGUUAGCGGACGGCGGCGCGCGCUGGGAGCUGCAGCUCAAGGGCGCCGGGCCCACGCCCUUCUCCAGACAGGCCGACGGGCGCAAGGUGCUGCGAUCAAGUAUCCGUGAGUUCCUGUGCAGCGAGGCCAUGUUCCACUUGGGCAUCCCCACCACGCGGGCGGGCGCCUGUGUCACCUCCGAGUCCUCGGUUGUGCGGGACAUCUUCUACGACGGGAACCCCAAGCAUGAGAAGUGCACAGUUGUGCUGCGUAUCGCCCCCACCUUCCUGAGGUUCGGCUCCUUUGAGAUUUUCAAGCCCACGGACGAGCAGACAGGGCGUGCAGGCCCCAGCGUGGGGCGGAACGACAUCCGUGUUCAGAUGCUGGACUACGUUAUCGGCACCUUCUACCCUGAGAUUCAGGCCGCACACGCGGAGAGCCCUGUGCAGAGGAACCUGGCCUUCUUCCGGGAGGUGAGCCGGCGUACAGCCCGCCUGGUGGCUGAAUGGCAGUGUGUGGGUUUCUGCCAUGGUGUCCUCAACACGGACAACAUGAGCAUCGUGGGACUCACCAUCGACUAUGGGCCCUUCGGCUUCAUGGACCGGUAUGACCCCGACCAUGUGUGCAACGCCUCAGACAGUGGAGGGCGCUAUGCUUACGCCAAGCAGCCUGAGGUCUGCCGCUGGAACCUGCAGAAGCUGGCGGAGGCCCUGGAGCCCGAGCUGCCCCUAGAGCUGGCUGAGGCCAGCCUGGCAGAGGACUUCGAUGCCGAGUUCCACAGACAUUAUCUGCAGAAGAUGCGCCGCAAGCUGGGCCUUGUGCAUGUGGAGGAGGAAGGCGACGACAAGCUGGUGGCCGGGCUCCUGGAGACCAUGCACCUGACCGGUGCCGACUUCACCAAUACCUUCACCCUGCUGCGCUCCUUCCCCAUGGACCCCGAGUCUCCAGACCUAGAGCAGUUCCUGGCUGAGCUGGCCACACAGUGUGCCACCCUGGAAGAGCUGAGAAUGGCCUUCCGGCCGCGGAUGGACCCCCGGCAGCUCUCCAUGAUGCUGGCACUGGCGCAGUCAAACCCGCCACUGCUGGCACUCAUCGGCAGCACCCGGGAGAGCCUCGCCAAGGAGCUGGAGCGCAUGGAGCAGCAGUCCAAGCUGGAGGAGCUCAGCCCGGCCCAGCUGCUGAGUGGCAACAGGGAGCACUGGACCCGCUGGCUGGGCGAGUACAGAGCCCGGCUGGACAGGGACAGGGCUGGCGCUGGUGACGACGAUGCCUGGCAGAUGGAGCGCAGGCGUGUCAUGUGUGCCAGCAACCCCACCUUCGUGCUUCGCAACUACGUGGCCCAGAACGCCAUCGAGGCCGCCGAGAAGGGUGACUUCUCCGAGGUCCGCAGGGUGCUGGAGCUGCUGGAAGCCCCGUACCAGACCGAGGGGGAAGCUGUGGCUGCGCCCACCUGCAGCAGACCCCCGCCCUGGGCAGCCGAGCUCAGCGUGACGUGAUCUUCGUAACUGCCUUGGCAGCCCAAAGGUGCCAAGGCCCCGGCAACGUGACAAGGGUGUGUGAGCUGCAGUGUCUCUCCAUGACGGCAGGGACGUCCAGUCGUAUCGACCCGCCUCUGUCUGACCCUAACCCACGGCACGUGCCCCCCAAUAAACCCUCAGAUCCUG